UUCUUCAAGCAACUUGCACCAUAGUUAAGAGUUAACCAACUCUCACUUCCAAAUACUCAGAAUUUGAAGCAAUGGACGUGCUGGCAACUUUGACUGCUGACAAGCCGGUGGUGAUCUUCAGCAAGAGCACUUGUAGCAUUAGCCAUUCUGUGCAGGCUCACAUAUGCAGCUUUGGUGCCAGCUAUACAGUUAUCGAGAUUGACAAAAUGGAAAAUGGUCAGCAGAUAGAAAGGGCACUGAUACAGUUGGGUUGUCGCCCAACCGUACCAGCAGUGUUCAUUGGACAACAACUUGUAGGUGGUGCUGAUGAACUCAUAAGCCUCAACGUCCAAAACAAGCUUGCCCAGUUGCUUUUAAGGGCUAGAGCUAUAUUUAUCUGGAGUCCAUAACCAUGCAAUGCAAACUCAACUCAAAAUCAAACGAGAGGCUCUAAUCUUCUUAAAGCUAAUAAUAUUACUAUGCAGUUCCUAGAUAUGACAACUAUAUAUGAGAAGGUUUCGUGACAGAGCUUCUUCUAGUCUGUUUGUACUCUUAAUUCUUCAUUUCAUGUCAUGUUCUGGUGCACAGUUUCAUUUUACAUUUUGUAUAGUGCAAGCCUAUGCCAGGCACGACCAUGGGCCAUGGCAUGCACGUGUUAUCAAAUGCAAGGCUCAGUUAUAUAAGGAAAUAUAUUGUGAUUUCAUAAAAACCA